UUGGGUCAGAAGACGCACCCCAUUGGAUUUCGGCUGGGAAUCAGCAAGGACUGGCAGUCGCGCUGGUUCGCCUCCAAGCCUGAGGAGUACCGCGCCCUUGUCAAGCAGGACGUAGAGGUACGCGACAUUAUUUUGUCUCGCUACCCCGACGCCGGUAUAUCGAAAGUGGAGAUCGAGCGCGGGAACGAUGUAGUGAUUACGAUUCACACGGCGCGUCCGGGAAUUGUCAUCGGUCGAGGCGGCCAGCGCGUGGAAGAGCUUCGCAAGGAACUUGAGCAGAAGUCUGCCAGGCGUGCGCGGCUCAAUGUGCAGGAGAUACGGCAGCCUGAAUUGGACGCGUACCUGGUUGGGCGCAAUAUCGCCGAGCAAUUGGAACGGCGAGUGGCGUUCCGUCGCGCGAUAAGGCAGACUGUCCUGCGCUCAAUGCAGGCAGGCGCACUCGGCAUUAAGGUGCUCAUUUCCGGCAGGCUUGGUGGCGCGGACAUAGCCCGGCGCGAGAAAGCCAUGGAAGGGCGCGUCCCGCUGCACACGCUGCGAGCGGACAUAGACUACUCAAUCGUCGAAGCCGCGACUGAGUUCGGGCGCAUCGGAAUCAAGGUUUGGAUAUACAAGGGCGAUAUCGUGCCAGAGCCGCGCCAAAGGCCGCAGGAAGAGCCGGCGCCUGCUGACAUCGCGCCAAUAGAAGUUACCGUAACGGCAUCAGAGCCAGAGGCGGCUGCGCCAGCGCCUGCUGAAACUGCAGCUGCACCGACAGUAGAGGUUACAAAUGCUUCAGCCGAAGAGAGUUAA